GAGCGUGGAACUUGGAACUUUCAAAUUUCUAUUUCUAUUUCUAUUGUUUCCCUUGUUUUAUACUAUUUGUUUAUCACAACAACAAAUAGCCCUUUCACUUGAUUUUGAGUUCAUUCAUUUAUUAUAAAAUCAAUCCUCCCUUUAAUAUCUCUCUCUCUCUCUCUCUCUCUCUCUUUCAAAUUGGGUUUGGGUGUUGUGUAUUUUUACAUAUUUUGGGGGGUUUGUAGCAAUAGUGAUGACAUCUCCAAACAUGGCAACAAUCACAGCAUCCUUGGAGAGAUCUCUGCAAAACUGUACUCUAAACCAAACCACAAGCAGCGACACACCCUCCGGAAUUGGCAUCUCUUCUUCCUCCGAUUCGCCGGGACAUCAUCAUAACUCCACCGAUGCCACCUUAGACCUUCACUCCCAAAUCUCCCUCCCUUACCAUUGGGAACAGUGUCUCGAUCUAAAGACUGGGGAGAUAUAUUACAUAAACUGGAGGACAGGGAUGAAAGCAAAAGAGGAUCCGAGAACGAUGGCAGAUUUCAGUGGUGGUGGCGGUGAUUUUUACUCGGAAGAAGACGAUAGCUCGUAUGAUAGCGAAGAAUCUUCGUCCGAGUCUUCACCGUCUUCUUCAAGAAACCAACAAUAUGAUCAUCGGAGCUCCUCCUCGUCCGAUGAUCGAAAAAGCCAUGUACUGGUGGUGGCUGGGUGCAAGAGCUGCCUAAUGUAUUUCAUGGUUCCCAAACAGGUUGAAGAUUGCCCCAAAUGUUGCGGUCAACUCCUUCAUUUUGAUCGAUCCGAAAAUGCCUCUCCUUGAUUAUCAGAUACAUGUCUUAUUUUUAUUUUUUUUAAAAUUUAUUUAAAUUUCUUUGUCUAUCUUUUCAUCUAUGUUUUUCAUUGUGGACGAUUGAUGAAAUGAGACAAAUGAUUAGUUUUGAAUAUUACUUUUUAUUAUAUGAGUGUUCUCUUCUUUAA